UAUAAAUGUUUUUUAGGACUAAUUAUUGGAAACUAAGACAACUUUAUAACCGAUAGAUAGCAUUAAGUUAGAAAACAUCUGGAUAUACAAUGUUUAGCACAAAAUGAACUAAAUAUAAAUUAAAUUGAUUAACAAGAUGUCCCACAGAAUACAUGGUGUUUGAUUAAAACAUAAACAAACGGCCUGUUAAAUGUCGCCCAACAGACACUCGUCUAUAUAUUUAACCAUCAUAAUUUUUAUUUCGUUUCAAAUAUCCAACAUAUUAUGCGAUAAGCUAACUGCGUCAUACGAGGACGAUGACGAGCACGCACCCGACCCCGUGUGCGCCGAGCAUCCGGACAGUGGGGUCGGCGCUAAGCUAAUGCACGGCUGGUAUUUCAACGUAGAGAUAUCCCAGUGUCGGGAAAUGGUGUACAGAGGACACGGAGGUAAUGGCAAUCGGUUCCCCACUUUACACGACUGCGAGCACCGGUGUAUGAGAAAGUACGUGGAGGGCGCUCUCGACUCCGGGCCCAAGAUUAAGGCGCCCAUCAAUCAUCGUAUGAAAGAAGUGAAAAAGCACUUCAGCUAUCGGUUGACACCAGUGGAGAGGCAUUCAGAACACCGCAAAUCCCGGGGCGAAUUCGAUGAGGAAUACGGAAUAUUCUCUGAUACGGAACAGCUCUAUCCCGAACAGAAACCCAUCAAAAAAUAUGAUAAAUUCUUCACCAAAUAUGUGAGCCCUCGGAUCGACGAUCACACAAAUGCUGUCCAUUCGCCACAACUCCACGAAAACGCCGACUUCGGCGCUAUUCUUAAGCGCAUUACCGAUGAAGAAUCUGAACAAACGGAUACUACCACUGAAUCGACGGAUACGACCACUGAAUCGACGGAUACAACGACUAAAGCCAUUAAUGCAAACAAUGGCGACAGGUCUGGAGACAAGAAUCUACAGACGAGUCUACAGAAUAUGGAGUGGGAAUUAAAAGCAGUCAACUACAACAACCCCACGCAAAAGGUGCAAAAUUAUAAAAUGAUAAACAAGGUCAAAGUAUAUCCUCCGCCCGCAUCCAAUGUAGCCGAAGAUAUGAGAGAGUAUGAAGUGCUUGAGUCCAAGAAUAUAAACGCAUCGCACAGUUAUGUUAACGUAAAACAAACUUCACUAUUGCCGGGCACGAGGAGUAAUACCCCGGUGGGCAAAAUCCGUCAAAUUAUUGGAUUUAUACCCAUUGUUAACAGGGCUUUUGGGACCAAGUGCUGGGACGACGUCGGGUGCUUCUCGGCCAUGACCUUUAAGGACAUAGAGAUGGGAGAUAUUGCACUCUUGCCGAUGAGCGCAAAGCAAUUGAAUUACGCUCUGUCGGCGGCCAAUACCCAAGUGGUCGGUGCGUUGAUUGCUUUCUUCAUAAACCGGAUUUGUGCGGACACUUACGGACGCGAUGUAAUCACAAACGAUCAAUUUUAUUUGGUUGGUCACAGUCUGGGCGCACAUGUGGUGGGAUUUGCCGGCAAACGGCUUAUCAAUCCACAAGUGCACAGAGUCACGGGCCUCGACCCCGCGGGACCGGGAUUUGAGGCGAAUAGUACUAACAUAAGACUGGCGUAUACGGAUGGAAAGGAGGUGGACAUUAUUCACUCAGAUAUGGCCAGUAUGGUGCUAGAUGGUUUGGGUCUCAAUGAGACCAUCGGUGACAUCGAUUUCUAUCCUAAUGGAGGAUAUAUGCAACCCGGGUGUCCUCAAACCAACUUGGUGGUCAGUGUAUUGAAGGCGUCGGCCACCCUAUCGUGUUCUCAUUGCAGGGCAUAUGAUCUCGCCAUCGCUUAUGACAGACCCAACGAUCUAUGUCUGCCAAUAGGCUAUGAGUGCGAUUCGUACGCCAUGUUUGUUGAGGGCCGGUGUGUCAACUGUGACAACAUUAACGGCAUAACCCGGUGUCAGCUCAUGGGUCUCUACCCGUUGGAGAGGAGAGACACUAACAUUACGGCCCAAUAUUUUAAGGGAAAGGGACACAAACUCUACUUGAAUACCGGCGAUGGAAAACCAUUAUGCCUGACUCACUAUCAGAUAGCUUUACACGUGACGGCCGACUCGGAGGCGGGCGCUCGCGGACAGAUCGCGCUGAAUAUAGGCGCCUGGUAUGAGGGCGGCCAACGCAAUAUGACCAACAUCCGGACCAUGUCCAAUAUAGUUCCCGGCAAAGUUCAUACUAUGCUAUUGACGACAACUGAUUUGAUCACUAAUAUAACGAGCGCUUCGUUUAGUUGGAUCCGAAAUGAUUACUCCGUGUGGUUGUGUCCCGUAGAGAACGUGGCGAUCACACCGGACGGGUCGCCGCUAUACUUCACGGUAUGCGAGAAUAAGGAUCAGUUGCCAAAGUCUGCCAAACAGAUAUUGCCAUCAGCUUUGGUACCCUUCACGAGCUCUAAUGAUAUCUAUUCUACAAGACAUCACAACGAGUAUGUAGUCUACGGACCAAAAUAUUUUAGGGCUGAACUCGAUGACAAUGUGGUGCAACCUAGAUCUGCCACAUCUGCCAAAGGGUUGGAUCCGUUUAGACGUUUGGGAAGUUUAGAUAUAUUAAGUGAAUUGCGAGAAGACGUCAGUAGAUUUAUAUCUAAAAUACCAAUCAUUGGUCGUAGUUUAGGCACCGAGUGUUGGGCCACAAUUGGCUGCUUCUCUGCCUUGACUUUUAAAGACAUAGUGAACGGACACAUAGCUGUCCUUCCGUUGGGACCGCAAGAGAUUAAUAUAACGUUUCAAAUGUAUUCACACGGAUCUCAACAUCAAUCAAUUGAACUGAAAAUUGAUUUUAAGAAAAGUCAGCUCAAAAACUUUGACCCAAACCAUAGGACGGCAGUUAUUAUCCACGGAUUCAUGGGUCACAUUCAAGAAUGGAUGAUAGACAUCAAAGACACAUUGUAUUCAAUGGCAACUGGUAAUGAUAGUUUUAACGUAGUGUUAGUCGAUUGGCAUAAGGGAGCGGAGGCCAAUUACCCGUUGGCCGCGUCCAACACCCGAGUGGUGGGCGCUCUCAUCGCUGAGUUUAUUCAACGACUUUGCGAGCGAUUUGACGGUUUAACAAACGAGCGCUUUUGGCUCAUUGGCCACAGUCUGGGCGCCCAUACGGCCGGAUAUGCCGGCAAACGGCUUACUAAACCACAAGUGGGCAGAUUAACUGCGAUGGACCCGGCGGGGCCCGGAUUCAGGACUAAUGAAUCUGAAUGGAGAUUAAGCCUUAAGGACGCCUCAGUGGUAGAUGUGAUCCAUACAGAUAUGUCCGACUCCUUUGACGACGGGUUGGGCGUCAAUGAAGCCAUCGGUGACUUUGAUUUCUUUCCAAAUGGUGGCAAAUAUCAGGCAAAUGAUAAUUAA